CCGCCCGCGUGGGCUGUGCGCGCUGCGUGUCGGCGGCCAGUGCGUGAGGGCGAGUGUGUGGAUGUGAGCGUGGAGAAAGAGGGGCUGCUGCCUCUCCCUCCGGAGGCACCGGGAAGCCCACCCUCGCGCCCCACGGAAAGGAGCCCACGGAAGGAGAGGAAGGGGCUCUCGGGUGGGGACCCCAAGAUGAGCGGAGGGCACGUCGUCUGCACCGGGUGGCUCAUCAAGUCCCCCCCGGAGAAGAAGCUCAAGAGAUACGCUUGGCGGAAGCGUUGGUUCGUGUUGCGCCAAGGCCGCAUGAGUGGCAACCCCGAUGUCCUGGAGUACUACCGGAACAGCCAUUCCAAGAAGCCCAUUCGGGUCAUCGACCUGAACGAGUGCGAGGUGGUCAAGCACUCCGGACUGAAUUUCAUCAAGAAGGAGUUCCAGAACAAUUUUGUCUUUGUUGUGAAGACGGCGUACCGCACCUUCUAUCUGGUGGCCAAGUCCGAGGAGGAGAUGCAAGCAUGGGUCCACCACAUCACCCAGAUCUGCAACUUUGGUCAUUUGGAAGACGGGACAGAUUCGGGUGACAGCUUGUCACACACCACUUCCUCGCCACAACCCUCGCCGGCCACUUCGGCCCACGCCUUGAGGAACGCAGAGACCUCUUCUUCAGCUGACCAGCCGAUCAGCGAUGCUUCUGCCGCCGAGGAGACGGCCAGCGAGUCGGAGUCCGUCUUCCUCCCGGACUAUCUCUUCUUAUCCAACUGUGAGACUGGGAAACUCAGCCAUGUCAGAUGCCACAGCUGGUCCAAUUCCGACCGGUCUCUUGAGCAGAACUCAUCCGAUGAUGUCUUUGUCGAUUUUGUGGCUUCCCAGCCCUCCCUCUUCCCACAGACCUCCGGUGGCCCAUUGCAGGAGAUCCUCUCGCCUACGUGCCAAGGGCUCCUUCCUAGGAACCCAGACUCAAGUGGGCCUCCUUCUAGCGAUUUCUCCUCGUCCUCUCCAUUAUCAGGACCUCCCUUGACGCCAACCUUUCUAGUCGAUAAAAGCCAGAACGCUCUUUCUCUGGGUGUCGUUGAACUGGACGCUUUGGCCAAUACGCCGCCGCCUCGGCCUCCGAAGCCAACGCACCUCUCUGACCGAAGGGCCGAGGAGCAGCCCUUUGGCGGGUUUCAAAAUGGACAUUCCGGGUUCUCUAGCAGUCAAAGGGUUGCGGUGCCGAGACGGAUCUCCAUGUCUGGCUUGGACUCCAUGAAGAAUUGGAGAGUUGACAUGGAUGAAAGUUCCUUAAGAAGCAGGGAUAAGAGGCUUAGCUUGAAUUUGCCAUGUCGGUUUAGCCCACUCUAUUCCAGCACUUCAAACAGUUCCGAGGACAGUUACGUGCCCAUGCACCCCAGUGCCUCCCCUCCCCUCCCCAGUUCUGACUGCACACCGGACGGCUACAUUCCCAUGAAUCCAGGCUCAACAGCGUUUGCCGUCUCCACUGUAAACACUGAAAAGCUCCCCAGCCCUCUGCCCGAACUUCCCACUGAUCUGGAACCGCCUCCGGUGAACCGGGAUCUCAAACCUCGCCGGAAAUUCCGACCGCCUCCGCUGGACCUGCGAAACCUGUCCACCAUCCGAGAACAUGCUGCCUUAACCAGGACGUGGACUGUGCCUUACAAUCGGACGAGCUUUAUCUCUCCAGAAAGAGACUGCAUUUAUUCGGCCAAAGUGUUUGCCAGUUCCAUUUCCGGAGAAGAGGAAGAGAGCUACAUUCAAAUGGAGCACCAACAAGCAACUUCGCCAUACAACGGAGCGUUGUUCCAGUGGCCAAAGAAGUUUAAUGUUGACUACUUAGCACUGGAUUUUAAUUCUGCUUCUCCAUCACCUGUACAAAAGAAACCUUUCCUCUCGGAAGAACAGCGGGUGGAUUAUGUCCAGGUGGACGAACAACGAACUCAGGCUCUCCAGAGCACGAAGCAGGAAUGGACGGACGAGCGGCAGUCCAAGGUCUGAAGGGGACAGGCACGCCUUGCUUGGUGAAGCAUAAUUUUGCACAUGGAAAUCCAGGUCGUUGGGACGGUCCAGUGCCGAUGGCAAGAAAGCCGAAGCGUCCCCUUCUUUCGAGCACCGAAAACGGACCAGUUCAUCGCUUUGCCACAUUAAUAACUUUCCAAGACGGACCCGUGGUACCUUUAAAACUUGAAACUGGGUGCCUUGGAACACUGAAUGGGAACCAAAUCCUCGUUGUGUCACACUGUAAUGACUCUUUUAUUGUGUCCUCCUCCCCCAAAAGAAUAUAGGGUAAAGCUAUAGCUAUUUAACAGAUGCUGCCUUGACCGGAGCAUCUGGUACUGACAGGAAGUGGGGGGAAAAGGGCUAAACCUUUGGAGUAAUGUGAAUUAAAGUGUCGCCGAAGGGUGGGAUAGCCCUUGAUCUGAAGCGUGUCGGCUUCAAUGCCAUAUUGGACCAUGUAAAUAGGACUUCGCACUGUGUCCCGUUUCGAAAUCCCUCGUCUCCAUCCUUUGCUUCUUCAUAGCUACUGUCACAAUAAAUGGGAGUCAUCUUCGCUGG